AUGUCGCGUGCGGAAGGCCCUCUCCGGGACACGGCACGGGGAGCAGGCCGAACAGCACCCCCGGAGCCGCCGGGGUCCGGUAAGGACAAUGCUAAUUGUAAAGAGUUAAAGAAAGAUGAUGGAAAAGAAGGUCUGAAAAUAGAAGUUGUACAGCAAAGGCUACAGAGACUUUCUCAUCUGCCAAAAAUAAUUCAAGAAGAUAGCAGAUGUAGAGGGAAAAUUACCAAUAGCACAAUAACAGCAUUAGAAGAUAACAGAACUUUUAUUAUAUCCCCAUACUUUGAUGACAGAGAGAGCAAAGUCACUCGUGUGAUUGGGAUUGUUCACCAUGAAGAUGUAAAACAACUAUACUGCUGGUUCUGCUGUCAGCCUGAUGGAAAGGUAUAUGUAUCAAAAGCAAACAUUGAUGUUCACUCAGAUAGAUUUGGAUUCCCUUAUGGUGCAACAGAUAUAUUUUGUUUGGAACCCAAAAACUGCGAUCCAACACAUGUAUCAAUUCAUCAGUCUCCACAUGGAGAUACUGAGCAGCUGCCAAGGUUUGAAAUUAAAAACCGCAAGGCUGAGACCUUUUCUGUUGACUUCACUGUAUGCAUCUCUGCCAUGUUUGGAAAUUACAACAACGUCUUGCAGUUUAUACAGAGUAUGGAAAUGUACAAGAUUCUUGGGGCACAGAAAGUGGUGAUCUAUAAGAACAACUGCAGCCAUCUGAUGGAGAAAGUCUUGAAGUUUUAUAUGGAAGAAGGAACUGUAGAGAUAGUUCCCUGGCCAAUAAACUCACACCUCAAGGUUUCCUCUAAAUGGCACUUCAUGCAAGAUGGAACACACAUUGGCUACUAUGGACAAAUCACAGCUCUAAAUGACUGUAUAUACCGUAACAUGCAGAGGAGCAAGUUUGUGGUUCUUAAUGAUGCUGAUGAAAUAAUUCUUCCCCUUAAGCACCCGGACUGGAAAACAAUGAUGAGCAGUCUUCAGGAGGAAAACCCAGGGACUGGCGUUUUCCUCUUUGAGAACCAUGUCUUCCCCCAAACCGUAUCUACUCACAUGUUCAACAUUUCGUCCUGGAAUACUGUGCCUGGUGUUAAUAUAUUACAGCAUGUUCACAGAGAGCCUGACAGGAAAGAUGUAAUCAAUCCCAGGAAAAUGAUAAUUGAUCCUCGAAAGGUGAUUCAGACUUCAGUCCACUCUGUCCUACGUGCUUAUGGGAACAGUGUGAAUGUUCCCAUGGAUGUUGCCCUCAUUUAUCACUGUCGGGUGCCCCUUCAAGGAAACCUUCCCAGAGAAUCCCUCAUCAGGGAUACAACACUGUGGAGAUAUAACUCAUCAUUAAUCAUGAAUGUUAACAAGGUGCUAUAUCAAACUGUACUGUAA